AAAACACACAGAAUGGAGCUCUGGAACUCCACCCUGGGAAGUGGCUUCAUCUUGAUGGGCAUCCUGAAGGACAGUGGCUCUCCUGAACUGCUCUGUGCCACGGUCACAGCCCUGUAUAUUGUGGCACUGACCAGCAAUGGCCUGUUACUCCUGGUGAUCACAGUGGAUGCCCGACUCCAUGUGCCUAUGUACCUGCUGCUUGGGCAGCUCUCCCUCAUGGAUCUCCUCUUCACAACUGUUGUCUCCCCCAAGGCCCUGGUGGAUUUUCUUCGCCAGGAAAACACCAUCUCCUUUGGAGGCUGUGCCCUUCAGAUGUUCCUGGCCCUGACACUGGGUGGUGCGGAGGACCUCCUGCUGGCCUUCAUGGCCUAUGACAGGUAUGUGGCCAUUUGCCAUCCUCUGAACUACAUGGUUCUCAUGAGGCCCAGGAUCUGCUGGCUCAUGGUGGCCACUUCCUGGAUCUUGGCAUCCCUGAGUGCUUUAGGACACACCGUAUAUACCUUGCACUUCCCUUUCUGCUUGUCUCGGGAAAUCAGGCACCUGCUCUGUGAGAUCCCACCUCUGCUGAAGUUGGCCUGUGUUGAUACUUCCAAAUAUGAGCUCAUGGUGUAUGUGACAGGUGUCACCUUCCUUUUGCUUCCCCUCUCUAUUAUUGUUGCUUCGUAUAUAUUAAUCCUUUUUACUGUGCUCCACAUGUCCUCAAAUGAAGGGAGGCAGAAAGCCCUUGUCACAUGCUCGUCCCACCUGGCUGUGGUUGGGAUGUUUUUUGGAGCCGCCACAUUCAUGUAUGUGCUGCCCAGUUCCUUCCACAGCCCUGAGCAAGACAACAUCAUCUCCGUUUUCUACACAAUCAUCACCCCAGCUUUGAAUCCUCUCAUCUACAGUCUGAGGAAUAAGGAGGUCAUGGGGGCGCUGAGGAGGGUCCUGGGGAAAUACAAUUUGCUGACACCCUCCACACUCUAG